AGUCUAAUAGUCUUCAUUUGUGUCGACUGCACCGUUCCUGCACGUCAUGUUGGUUCACAAGGACCUCGAAUGCUGGAUUACAGAUGCACAGACUAAUAUCGUACCCGUGCGAGUUUGUGUGAGAAAUGACGAGGACGAUGAUCGGGCUGAAAUCAGAGUACAGUGAUUCUCCUGACUCUUAUAAUGAAGCCCUACAUCGUAUACUGGAAAAACAUUGCGGAGACCCCAUUGUCUGCAUGGUGCGAGGUUAACAUUACCGAUCCUAGGUCCAAUGGAAGAUCAAGGCGAGGGGCGGCCUGCGAAAUGGACGCUACAAGGGUCACAACUCAAGUGAGAAGCAGUGUCGGUUGGGUAGAUGAAGGAAACACUCUGAAAACGGGAAAAGCUGACCAGAAUGAUUCUCUUGGUCGGGUCUCUCUUGAAGUCCGUCGCGUGGCCGGCGAAAUUCAGGUCAAUUGCCUUGAAGAAAUGGAUAUAAACGAAAUAUUCUUCGAUUUUCUGGACGAUCCAGGAGAGGGGAUGCCCCCUUACGUCGUUUUCGUCUUCGAGCUUAGGAAGAUUUCUCGACGCAAGCCGCAGGCAGGCCAGCCUAGUCGUGGAGUUCCUGAACCAAUGAAGCGUAAAAGAGUAUACACCGAUACUCCUCCGUCCGGCCGAUUACUGCGCUCUCGGAGAAAACAAACGCCACUGCGACGUCCCGAGAGAUCGGACAGUGACGAUUCAAGCUCCCGUCAAGAUUCCCAGCCAUUGGAUAUAGAAACUUUGCUUGCUGAGAAUGCAAGAUUGGAGGACGAUCUCCAAAAUCUUGCGCAGGAGGAACGAGACCUGCGCCUUGUGCUUGAAAAGCGAAACCAGGAGCUGAAGGAACGGAAGCGUGCCAAAGUGGCAUUUUUGUCUGUGAUGAGACAACGUAUACCAACUGGCCCCUCAUCAGGGCCAUCUUCCGGUUCGACUUCUAGCCACGUUCGAUAGAAGGGCGUGAGCAGCCUUGAGGAAACUACGUUCUACGGGAUGCCGUCACUGAUUAUGCACAUCAUUUCGACUAGUGCGAUAUGGCUUGCUUAUGUAGCAGAGGUCACUGUACGCAGGGGUGGUUUGGCUUCCAAAAAAUAGCGACAUUUUGGCUCGC